AUGUACAAGCAACUCUACACCAAGGCCGCCCCAAAGGCACUCCCCAGCAAAGGCCCCUCUUCUUUGCUCUCUGGCUCCCUCAUGUCCUCAGGCCAGCGUCUCUCUGUCAAGGGCAGCAACACUAAUGCUGUCCCUCUGCUCGCUACCCGAGCCAUGUUGCACCACUCUGCAACCGGUUCUAGCGCUUCUGGACUCCGUACCCCCCUGUUGGCGUCCCUCUCGACUCUGCGCCAGGCGAACCAGCACAAGGGCGCUUCUCACCUCGGACAACUCGGGAUGAAGUCGAUGGUUGGCUCUCAAGCCCGCUGGUUCUCGAUGACCCGUGCAAGCAACAAGGACCAGCAGCUGACUCCUUCUUCUCAGGCGUCUGGAAAGAAGUUGAUUUCGGAGGCGAUUCUUGCAGAUGUGCCCCUUGUUGAUGUCAAGAAGGUUCUUGUGGUUGGAUCCGGAGGAUUGACCAUUGGCCAGGCCGGCGAGUUUGACUACUCUGGCUCGCAGGCGAUCAAGGCACUCAAGGAGUCCAACAUCCAGACCGUCCUCGUCAACCCAAACAUCGCCACCAUCCAGACCUCCCACGCCCUCGCCGACACCGUCUACUUCCUUCCCGUCACCCCAGAGUACCUCGAGUACAUCAUCGAGCGCGAGCGUCCCGAUGGUAUCCUCCUCACCUUUGGUGGCCAGACUGCUCUCAACUGUGGCAUCCAGCUCGACAAAAUGGGCAUUUUUGACCGUCUCAACGUCAAGGUCCUCGGAACUCCCAUCCGUACCCUCCUCGUCUCUGAGGAUCGCGAUCUCUUUGCCAAGGCCCUCAACGAAAUUGAUAUUCCCGUCGCUCAAUCUGUCGCCGUCGAAAACAUGAAGGACGCGUUGGCUGCUGCCGAGGAGAUUGGUUACCCAGUUAUUAUCCGAUCCGCCUUCUCCCUCGGUGGUCUUGGUUCUGGAUUUGCCUCAAAUGCUGCCGAGCUUACCGCCCUGGGCACAAAGUCCUUGACUCUCUCGUCCCAGAUCCUAGUCGAAAAGUCCAUGAAGGGAUGGAAGGAGGUCGAGUACGAGGUCGUCCGUGAUGCCGCCAAUAACUGUAUCACUGUCUGCAACAUGGAGAACUUUGACCCUCUUGGUACCCACACUGGUGACUCAAUCGUCGUUGCCCCCUCCCAGACCCUGAGCGACGAGGAGUACCACAUGCUCCGUACCGCUGCUAUUAAGAUUAUUCGUCAUCUUGGAGUUGUCGGAGAGUGCAAUGUCCAGUAUGCCCUCCACCCAGAGAGUCUCGAGUACAAGGUCAUUGAGGUCAAUGCCCGUCUCUCUCGCUCCAGUGCUUUGGCCUCCAAAGCGACAGGAUAUCCUUUGGCAUUCAUUGCUGCCAAGAUUGCUUUGGGACACACCCUCCCCAACCUUCGCAACUCUGUCACAAAGACAACCACUGCCUGCUUCGAGCCCUCGUUGGAUUACGUUGUCACCAAGAUCCCUCGCUGGGAUCUCGCCAAGUUCCAGCACGUCUCUCGCGACAUUGGCUCGUCGAUGAAGUCUGUCGGUGAGGUCAUGGCUAUUGGUCGUACCUUCGAGGAAUCGUUCCAGAAGGCCAUCCGCCAGGUCGAUCCUCAGUUCAAAGGUUUCCAGGCCCUCGAGUUUGCUGAUGUUGACAAGGUUCUUGCCAACCCCACUGACCGCCGCCUCUUUGCUAUCGGCGAUGCCAUGCUGAACAAGGGAUACUCUGUCGACAAGGUCCACGACAUCACCAAGGUCGACAAGUGGUUCCUCCACAAGCUGUCCAACAUUGUUGCCGUCCACAAGGAGCUCGGCAAGUUCAAUGCCCAGAACCUUCCUUUUGAGCUCCUCCACGAGGCCAAGCGCAAGGGAUUCGCCGAUGCCCAGAUUGCUGGUCUCCUUGGCCAAAAAGCGACCGAGGAUGUCAUCCGCCAGACUCGUAAGCAGAUGGGCAUCACCCCCUUUGUUAAGCGUAUUGAUACCUUGGCUGCCGAGUUCCCUGCCGACACCAACUAUCUCUACACCACCUACAACGCCUCAUCGCACGAUGUCGAUUUCACAGACAAGGGCACUAUGGUCUUGGGUUCGGGAGUCUAUCGUAUCGGAUCCUCGGUCGAGUUUGACUGGUGCGGCGUUUCCUGCAUCCGUGCCCUUCGCGAGCUGGGCAAGAAGACCGUCAUGGUCAACUACAACCCCGAGACCGUCUCGACCGAUUUCGACGAGUGCGAUCGCCUGUACUUUGAGGAGCUCUCGUACGAGCGUGUCAUGGAUAUCUACGAGCAGGAGCACGCCCAGGGAGUUGUCGUCUCUGUCGGAGGCCAGCUCCCCCAAAACAUUGCUCUCCGUCUCCACGAGAACAAUGCCAAGGUUUUGGGAACUUCGCCCAUCAUGAUUGACGCCGCCGAGGAUCGUUACAAGUUCAGCAAGAUCCUCGACACCAUUGGCGUCGAUCAGCCCGAAUGGAAGGAGCUCACUUCCUUGGACCAGGCCUCGACUUUUGCCGAGCAGGUCGGUUACCCAGUUCUCAUCCGUCCCUCCUAUGUCCUUUCUGGCGCCGCCAUGAAUGUCGCCCACACCCCCGAGGCCCUUCACCGCUGCCUCACUCUUGCCGCUGACGUAUCGCCCCUUCAUCCCGUCGUCAUCACGAAAUUCAUUGCUGGUGCUCAGGAGAUCGAUAUUGACGCCGUCGCACACGAGGGCAAACUCGUUGUUCACGCCAUCUCUGAGCACGUCGAGAACGCCGGUGUCCAUUCAGGAGAUGCCACCUUGGUCCUCCCCAGCCGCGACAUCAAGGACGAGACCAAGACCAAGCUGAAGACCAUUGCCGAGAAGCUCGCCAAGGCCUUCCAGAUCACUGGUCCUUUCAACAUGCAGAUCAUCCACAAGCCUGGUCAAGCCAACGAGGAUCCCGUCCUCAAGGUCAUCGAGUGCAACAUCCGUGCCUCUCGCUCAUUCCCCUUUGUCUCCAAGGUCCUCGGCCACAACUUUAUCACAACCGCCACCCACGCUCUCUGUGACAAGGAUGUUCCCGCCCCUCAGGAUUUGAUGGCCAAGGAGUACAGCUACCAGGCUGUCAAGGUCCCUCAGUUCUCCUGGACCCGUCUCGGAGGAGCUGAUCCCUUCUUGGGUGUCGAGAUGGCCUCGACCGGAGAGGUCGCAUGCUUUGGCCGUGACAAGGAAGAGGCUUACCUGACGGCGCUCCAGAGUGUCCAGAACUUCAAGUUGCCCGCCCAGGAUGCCAGCAUCCUGUUGUCGUCGGACGAGCUGACUACCACGAGCGACUUGGUCAAGAUUGGACAGGGACUGCAGCAGUACGGUACCACGAUUGUGACAAUGUCGAAGCACACCCAAAAGAACCUUCAGGAGUCUGGUGUUGCCUGCAAGUACAUCGCUGCGCCCGACUCUUUGCCUCAGAUGCACAAGGCCAUGGCUGGCGAGAAUGUGCAGAUGGUGAUCUCGCUGUCGCGUAACCGUGCCCAAGACAUUGCCGACAAGGAGUACAUGAUCCGCCGUGCCGGUGUCGACUCUGGCAUUUCUCUCAUUAACGACGAAAAGUGCGGAGUGUUGUUUGUCAACUCGAUCAACAAGAACGUGGAACGCAAGGCAGCUUUGGUCGCCGCCAACUCUGCAAGCUCUAUCCCUGCCGAGGUCAAGUCCUGGGCCGAGUUUGUCGGAGGCCGUUACUAA